ACCCCACACCUCCCCGCUCCACUGGGCCCUGUGCUGAGCCAGACCAGCUGCACCGCCGUGUCCUGACCGAAGGCUCCUGGGAUGUCACGCCGCCGGCACCAACCCGAGCCUGGCGACCUGAUCAAGAUCAAACGAUCAGUUUACCAGCACUGGGCCCUCUACUUGGGGGAUGGAUAUGUCGUCCACCUGACGUCCGCAGAUGAAGGGAUCCGAUGCCUGUCAGCCAGUAGUGACACAACAUUGAGCAAAAAGGCCAAGGUGAAGAAGCAGCUCCUGAAGGAGGUGGUGGGAAAUAAUGACUGGGAGGUCAACAACAAGUAUGACCGCUCCCGCACCCCCCUCCCAGUGAAGGAGAUCAUCAAGCGUGCUGAGAGCUACAUUGACAGGGAGAUGAGCUAUGAUGUGCUCUGCGAAAACUGUGAGCACUUUGUGACAAUGCUCCGCUAUGGCAAGAGUGUCUCUGACCAGGCCAGGAUAGGAUUUGGUAGCAUACUCUCAUUUGGAGCUGUUGUCUGCGCUGGUAUUGCUGUCGCCUGUGCUGCCUUUGUCUCACCCAGGGACAAAUCCAGAGAGAAGAAGUAGUGACGGCUUGUCAGGAAGAGCUCAGAGCAAGGCAGGGAGCCUCUGGCCAUGGAUGGUCACUGCCCAGCCUCUGCCAAAACUGCCAUUGGACCUACUAACAACAGCUACUCUUGCAGAAAUAACCAAAGCAAAGCAGUAAUAAAAUGUAAAAAACCCAAUUCCAAUUCACGCCACUAUAUCUUCCUGGACCUUCAAAAGGCAGUUCCUGUUUCAUGCCACAGUCAGCUCCCUUAAGUGCGGCAUUGCUAUUUGCAGUCCCUUAAUAGAGGGUUUAUUUGUGCUCAACAAUUUUCCCCUCACUUGGAGAACAUCAACAGGACAACCAAGUUAUGAAGACUAAUAUUACAAAAAUACCAUUGUAAGAAUAAAUACAGAAAUUCUAA